AUGGGUCUCAAGCAAUUCAACCUCGACCUCAGGGUUGCGAUAGAAGCUCUUGAUAGCUUCCCUAAUGUAUCAAGUCUGCGCAAGGGUGAUUCCGAUGGAGAGAUCGCUUUCACUUAUACGCCCGCAGCAGAGCACGAAGCCCAACUUCCCCCCAUCGAUGUCCAAGCCCUAUCAAAGGAUGCAGACUCGUACCCAAACCACCCGGGAUUCAUGAUCUUCACUUCCUCAGAAACACCAAAAGACCUAGAGAAGUGGCUGGAAGAGACCUCUAGCUUGACCGAUGGCAUUACUAUCGCUGAUGCCAUCACAUUGAUUUGCAGCAUGUUGGCUACAAAACUGAGCACUUCCGAUCAGUCAACUUCACAGGCACCACCCUAUUACGGCGAAGAAUCAGAUGCCGAUCUACUCUCCGAUGACGAUGACUCCUUCUAUGAAGCCGAGUUCGAUGAGAUAGAUAUCGACCCAUUACUGCCUGGCGCAUCUGCCUCUGAAAACGCCACUGAAGCCGAUGAUCCAGAAUCAAUGAUACGCCUGAAGCGUCACUUGCGUGAAGCUAAACAAGAGGGGUUCUGCAUCUCCAUCCCCCCUGAAGAAAUACACCAGUCGUCUUUCGGUAUCUUCUCGCUCUCUGUUCGAGUAUGCAAACUUGGAAUCCCUGAAGAAGCCCUGGAAGCUUGGGGUAUUGAGCCGACAGAAUACAUUGUCAUGCUUUGCAAACUGCCAUCCACUUAUCCUCAUGUAUCAGACUUCCAGCGUCUUCCUCCCGACCAAACCCGAAUGAACUUCAAACUUGGUAAAUGCAGCAGUCCGCGGCCAAAUUAUAAAUCCAUGAGGCAUAUGUUUGCGGGAGCGGAAGAGCCGGCAAUGCUAACAGACAAAGACGAAGAGAGCACGGACUCCUUUAUUCCGCUCUAUAUGUCGCUGUCUCUUGACGCACUUCUCAAUCGUUUCUUUCCAACUCUUUUACGGCUGCGACGAUCAGAAGGAAUAUCGUGGGAUGAAGCACGAGAGCUGGAAUAUAAUUUGAGCCUAGGUCACCAUUCUAGAGACAUGGUAGAUCACGCUCAAGACGUGAUUGUCUGUCAGGACCGAGAGUCAUCUGACGAGUCGUUCGAGCCUGAGUUCCUUCGGCAUGAUUACCUGUCGAGCAAUGCAGACGAGCUUAACAUUGUUCUUAUUGCGAUGCAAUUCGGCCUCCAGAGGUUGAUCAAAUGCACCAAGUACUGUCUGGUUUGCCAUCGAAGAGCAAAAGGAGGGUUUGAGGCCGUAAAACCUUUCGUUUGUGAGACUGAGCUUUGCCUCUACCAGUAUUUGUCCCUGGGUUUCGGCCAGAGUAUCGAACACGAGAUUAUCAACAAUCCAUACGUGGUCGACCUUCUUGUGAGCUUCUUCUAUGCUGCCGUCAUCCGCUCCCGCCUCCGCGAGUUUCCCCGAGGACUAGGUCUCAAGUGUCCCUCAUCAGCGUUCAUAGCUAGUGCUUCUACCCCGGUCAGCGCUGAUGCUUACUUCAACACUGGUCUGUUGAGGUUUGAUUCCAAAGACCUCCACGCCUGUAGAACUAUCAAAGCGGGCCAUUGGCUGAUGCUUUUCGUCACUGGUGCUAACACUCUGGAUGCGCAGACACCAGUCAUGAGAACAUAUCGCGAGAAACAUAUCUGCUACAUCGAAUCGUGCAUCGAUACCGACUUUUGGUUCAAGGUCAUGCAUACGUUCACGAGUCUCGACAACAUUGGACAGGAAACCCCAGAGAAUUCUGUGAAUCAGGUUACUCAACCUACCACAGAUGGUGUACAGGUAUUAAUUUACAAGUAUGGUCAAGAUAUCGAUGAACUCGAAGAUGCGGUUCGUGAUCAAGCACUCUGCUUCAUGACCAGUUGCAUCCCACCCGUGCAAACAAUGAGACAAUACCUUAUAGAGGUACCCGGGCGGCGGCUAUCCUCUUGGAAACGAAUCGAAGGGUCAGCACUCCGUCUACUGAACUGGAUCGUUUCCUCGAAUAGGUCACAUAUUGUACAGGAUAGCCCAAAUCCUGGGGCAUCUGCAGCAGAGGAACAAACACAGAACAGCAGCCUUGUCCGCAGCGCGGACUACCGGUGGAUGCAGUUUCGCUUCGCCCAGGGUUCUCCUGAAAAGGAACACAUUUUCUUCAAUGAGCUGCAGAAAAUACCGAGAUCUCGAACCGGUAGAGCCUAUCAAACACUCUUCGCAUGGCAUGGAAGCCCCCUUUCCAACUGGCAUAGUAUCAUUCGAACCGGCCUUGACUUCUCGAACACGCUUCAUGGGCGUGCCUAUGGCAACGGCGUUUAUUUGGCAAGAGAUUUCGAGACUAGUCGCGCAUAUUCCAACCGUGAUACUAUGAAAGCGUGGCCAAGCUCAGCAUUGAAGGUCACGAGUGCUAUCAGCAUGUGUGAGAUCGUCAAUAGUCCAUCUCAAUUUGUGUCAACGAAUCCAUUUUUCGUCGUCAACAGGAUCGAUUGGAUACAAUGCCGCUACCUCUUUGUUCAAAUCCAAAUUCGGCAACCAGAAUCCUCUGUCUCCCUAUCCAAUGAAGGGCUGUUUCCUGAUAGGGUGCAGGGCGAGGAAUAUAUCGAACAAGACCCUGCCUAUCAAUUAACCCAUGGACUGCAGCAACGAGUUAAUAUUCCUCUGUCAGCCAUACCAAAAUUUCGCCGACGUGCAUUCGGACAAGGACAGCAGAAUGGCACGGGUUCGUCCAUAGACCAUCCUAUCGUUCUUGAUGAUUCGGAUUCAAACGGAAGUCCUAAUGUCAACGAUUCAAGCUCUUUGGAAAGCCCAGAUAUGAGUGACGAUAUCGAUGUUCUACUAGCAUCGGACGACGAAGGUGAUGACCUUCAGUUCGUAGGAACACGAAAAAGACGGCGGACAUCUACAGACUCGGGUCUCGGUGAAACGCAACGGGGACCUGACGAUGUAACACCUUUUCAACCAGGUCAACUUGACAUUGAUUCUCUUCCUAAGCUCGCUGAGCCUACGUGGGCAUCAUCGUCACCAGCUGCUCUACGCGCACUUAACGGCCAGAUCAAAGACCUACAAAAGACCCAGUCCAAGACCAACUUGGCCACGCUGGGAUGGUACAUAGACUUUGACAAGCUGGAUAACCUCUUCCAUUGGUUCGUCGAGCUUCACAGUUUCGACAGGGACUUACCACUUGCCAAAGACAUGGCCAGCCAUGGAUGCUCAAGCAUCGUGCUCGAGCUUCGAUUUGGUGCUUCUUUUCCAAUUUCGCCUCCUUUUGUUCGUGUGAUACGACCUCGCUUUCUACCUUUUGCCCAAGGAGGUGGAGGUCAUGUUACUAUUGGCGGCGCUAUAUGUUCAGAGCUGCUCACAAACUCAGGCUGGUCCCCGGCUCUUUCAUUGGAAAAGGUUUUCCUUGAAGUCAGAUUGAAUCUCUGCGAAAGGGACCCUCCAGCUCGUCUCGAAAGAGUCCAUCAUAUAAGUCUGGGGAAGAUGGACUACAGUAUGUUUGAGGCAGUGGAUGCGUACCGACGAGCGGCCGCAGCCCAUGGGUGGCAGAUUCCUUCCGAUCUUCAGAUGUUGCAAUCCAUGAGUAACGUUUCCGAGACGUAG